AUGCGCGACGCGCUCAAGCCCGACGUGACGGCCGCGCUGCGGGAGAUCCGCGCCCAGCUCGAGGGCCACGCGGCGCAGAGCACGCUGCAGUCCGAGGAGUGGUUCCGAGGGAAGCUGGAUAAGCUGUCUGAAGUUGCCAAGCUGAACACAGAUGCCAUCCGCUCUGCCCAGGAAGAGAUUUCUGAAUACCGCCGGCAGCUCCAGACCAAGAUGACAGAACUUGAAGCCCUCAAGGGAACCAAGGAAUCUCUAGAGAGACAAAGACAAGACACAGAAGAGCGCCAUCAUAUUGAUGUUACAUCCUACCAGGAAACCAUACAGCAGCUGGACAAUGAACUGAGGAAUACCAAGUGGGAGAUGGCAGCUCAGCUUCGAGAGUACCAGGACCUGCUGAAUGUCAAAAUGGCCCUGGAUAUAGAAAUUUCUGCUUACAGAAAGCUCCUGGAAGGAGAAGAAUACCGCAUCGGAGUUGGGCCAUUCCCCUUCCCUGAGAUGCUUCCUAAGACUCCCAGCAUCCCCACCCACAUAAAAGUGAAAAGUGAGGAGAAGGUCAAGGUGGUGGAGAAGUCUGAGAAGGAAACUGUAAUUGUGGAGGAGCAGACGGAGGAAAUCCAGGUAACAGAAGAGGUGACAGAGGAAGAGGAGGCUGAGAAGAAAGAGGAGGCUGAGGGGGAGGAGGAAGCAACUGAGGCAAAAGAGGAAGAAAAGGGAGAAUCUGAAGCAGAAGCAGAGGGUGAGGAAGAGGAGACCAAAUCCCCAGAAAAGGAGGCGGCCAAGUCCCCAGCUGUCAAAUCCCCUGAGAAACCUGCGUCCCCCACAAAGGAGGAGGCCAAAUCCCCUGAGAAACCCGCACCCCCCACAAAGGAAGAGGCCAAGUCCCCAGCGGUCAAGUCCCCUGAGAAACCUGCAUCCCCCACAAAAGAAGAGGCCAAGUCCCCGGCGGUCAAGUCCCCAUCCCCUACAAAGGAAGAGGCCAAGUCCCCGGCAGUCAAGUCCCCUGAGAAACCUGCAUCCCCUACAAAGGAGGAGGCCAAGUCCCCUGAAAAGGUCAAGUCCCCAACAAAGGAAGAGGCCAAGUCUCCAGCGGUCAAGUCCCCUGAGAAACCUGCAUCCCCUACAAAGGAGGAGGCCAAGUCCCCUGAAAAGGUCAAGUCCCCAACAAAGGAAGAGGCCAAGUCUCCAGCAGUCAAGUCCCCUGAGAAACCUGUAUCCCCUGCAAAGGAAGAGGCCAAGUCUCCAGAGAAGGCCAAGUCCCCUGUGAAGGAGGAGGUCAAGUCACCAGAGAAAGAAGUUGUCCCCAAGAAGGAACCCAUCAAAUCACCCCAGAAGGAAACAAAGGCACCUGUGAAAGAAGAGAAACCAGUGGAGAAAAAGGAGAAAGCUCCAGCUAAGCCAAAAGCUGAGGAAAAGGAAGAAAGCAAGAAAGAGGAGGCACCCAAAAAGGAAACCCCAGCCAAAGAGCCACACAAACCUGAGGCUAAGGUUGAGAAGAAGGAGGAGGAGAAACCCAAAGAGGAGGACAAGAAGAAAGCUGCUGCUCCUGAGCCUCCUGCCCCUGAGAAGAAAAAGGAAGCUGUGAAAGCUGAGGAGAAAGAGGUAAAGGAGAAGGAACCUCCCAAACCAGCACCGAAACCCAAAGAGAAAGUGGAAGAGAAAGCUGCUAAGCAGGAGCCUGAGCCCAAACCACAGGAAGCUAAGGCCAAGGAGCCCAGCAAACCAGCAGCAAAGGAGGCCGAAAAGCCAAAGGCUGAGGAGAAGAAGGAAGAACCAAAGAAGGAAAAGUCUGAGCCCAAAAAGGACCUGGAGGAAAAAACCAAAGCUGAAGCUAAACCCAAAGAAGAGGCAAAGGCUGCCAAGGCAGAACCUAGCAAAGACACCAAGGACACCCCCAAAGUAGAAGUACCCAAAGAAGUACCAGAGGCUACCAAACCCAAGGCAGAGAAAGCAGAAAAGUCUUCAAGCACAGAGGCAAAAGAAAGCAAACCCACAGAGAAAGCUGCUGCUCCUGAUGACAAAGCCAAGAAGAGUGAGAAGUGAACAACGGAGCUUUGGACAUGUAAGGAGGUGGGCCACCAAAGAGAGCUUUGAAGCUUUCCCUGAUCUGUGACUGAACAUGCUUUUUUUUCCAAAAGAUGAGACUUUGCUUAGGUGAUGGAUGACCUCCUUUGUCUGAGCUGGAACUUACGUUAGCAAUAUGUUUAUGUGAAAGACAAAAACAAAUACCUGAGCCUACUCAACUGGUGGUUCAAAUAUGUUAUGAUAGCUUCAGUAGCAGAAUGUGAUAUAUGCAGAAUGCCACAUUUAAACACUUGAAUUAUUAAGAAAAACUGCCCCUUUUCAAAUAAGUGCAUUUAUCUAAUGUAUGUGCAAUUGAUGGACAAAUGCAAUAAAGAAUGUACACAGUUAGAGCUCUAUUAUGCUUUGGAGAUGUACAGUAGAUAGGAAACUCAAGAGUUGUAAAUGCCUUUUCAUUUUACAAAUGGAACAAAAUUUCUCACUUGUAGCCUACACAGACUGUAGCUGACAUGAAUGGAAUCAGGUUAGACACUGCAGAACUCCACACAGAUAAGAAGUGCACUAGACAACUCAAGUCCACUUUCAAUUGCUUAUGUGCAAUAAAACAAAUAAAGUGC